AUGGCCCGCGCCAGGCGCCCCCGGGCCCCCGGGCUGCUGCCUCUGCUGCUGCUACUGCCCGCUCUGUGCGCCCGGGCAGCAGAGCCGGUGGACGUGCUGAAGGCGCUGCAGUUCCAGGCCCAGCCGGCCGGCGUGCGGAAGACGACGGGGUUCUGCCCUGCCAGGCGGGCAGGGGCGGGGCCGGACGUGGCCUACAGGAUAUCACGGCAGGCGCAGAUCAGCGCCCCCACCAGGCAGCUCUUCUCAGCCCCUGCUGUCUCCCCAGGGAAGUUCCCGGAGGAUUUCUCCAUCAUGGCCCUGGUGAAGCCCAAGGCUGGGACCCAGGCGUUCCUGCUCUCCAUGUACGACCAGAACGGCACCCAGCAGCUAGGGGUGGAGCUGGGGCGCUCGCCCGUCUUCCUCUACCAGGAUCAGAGCGGCCAGCCCGCCCCCGAGGACUACCCACUCUUCCGGGGCAUCAACCUCGCUGACGGCAAGUGGCACCGGCUGGCGCUGAGUGUGCACAAGGAGUCCGUGACGCUGAUCCUGGACUGUAAGAAGAAGGUGACGCGGCCGCUGCCCCGGGGCCCCCGCCCAGUGAUUGACACCCGUGGCAUCACUGUCUUUGGCACCCGCAUCCUCGACGAGGAGGUCUUCCAGGGUGACAUCCAGCAGCUGCUCAUGGCUCCGAACCCCCAUGCGGCCUACGACUACUGCGAGCACUACAGCCCCGACUGUCACGCCCAACCCCACGUGCCCCUGGUGCAGGAGGUGCAGCAGAGACCUGCCAGGCCCGAGGUGAGGGACGUGGGGCAGACGGAGCAGAAACCCGCCGGGCCGGGCCGCAAGGCACCUGCCAAGCCGGCAGCCAAGCAGCAGAAAUGGCAGCAGCUGAUGAGCACGGCCCCAGCCUACGGCAAAGCCCCCGGUGGCGGGAAAUCCCCCAGCAAAGCCCCCGGCAAUGCCAAGUCCCCUGGCAACGGCAAAUCCCCUGGCAAUGCCAAAUCCCCCGGCAACAGCAAAUCCCCCGGCAACGCCAAGUCCCCUGGCAACGGCAAGUCCCCUGGCAACGCCAAGAUGGCAGCUGGGGGGAAACACCCGGCCGUGAAAAAUGCCCUGGGCAAGGCCCAGACUGGGGGGAAGGCCUACGCUGGCACCGGUGCGCCCAGGAAACACGGCAACAGCUACAAGCAGGAGACUCCCAGCCCGCCCCCUGCCGCUCCGGGUGAGGACGAGGUGCUUGUGGAGGCGUACGUGACGGGGCAGGAGUACGAGUACGUUUAUAAGGACUUUCCCAAGGGAGCCGAGCCAUCGGAGCUGGGGCCCGUGCUCUCUGCAGAGACCCCCCAGAAUGGAGGCGCUGUGCGCGGAGUCAGAGGCUACAAAGGAGAGAAGGGAGAGCCGGCCGUCAUGGAACCGGGAAUGCUGGUGGAGGGCCCCCCCGGCCCUGAGGGACCUGCGGGCAUAUCAGGGCCGCCGGGCACACAGGGCCCGCCGGGCCCCCCAGGAGAUCCUGGUGAGAGGGGUCCUCCUGGCCGUUCAGGUCUCCCUGGCUCGGAUGGGACGCCUGGACCCCCUGGUGCGUCUCUCAUGCUCCCGUUCCGGUUUGGGAGCAGCGGUGGAGACAAGGGGCCUGCAGUUUCCGCACAAGAGGCACAAGUGCAGGCCAUCUUACAGCAAGCCCGGAUGGCCCUGCGUGGCCCCCCGGGACCCAUGGGUUACACUGGCCGGCCUGGGCCCCUGGGGCAGCCAGGGGUCUCCGGGCUGAAGGGGGAAGUCGGAGACUUUGGACCCCAGGGACCCCGCGGGCCACACGGCCUGUCUGGUCCCCCAGGGAAGCCUGGAAGGAGGGGUCGUGCUGGAGCCGACGGCGCUCGGGGGAUGCCCGGGGAGCCUGGUGUUAAGGGCGACCGAGGCUUUGACGGGUUGCCAGGGCUGCCGGGGGACAAGGGGUACAGGGGUGAGACAGGUUCCCAGGGCAUCCCAGGCCCCCCUGGUGAGGACGGACAGCGGGGAGACGAUGGAGAGGUCGGCCCCAGAGGGCUCCCUGGAGAACCGGGACCCAGAGGUUUGCUUGGACCCAAAGGCCCACCAGGGAUCCCCGGGCCUCUGGGCGUGCGUGGCAUAGAUGGUCCCAUUGGGCCCAAAGGGAACCUGGGGCCGCAAGGCGAGCCAGGCCCCCCAGGUCAGCAGGGAACUCCAGGCACCCAGGGAUUGCCUGGCCCACAAGGUGCUAUGGGGCCCCCCGGAGAGAAGGGUCCCAGAGGCAAACCUGGCCUCCCCGGCAUGCCGGGGUCUGACGGGCCUCCCGGGCAUCCAGGGAAGGAAGGUCCGCCAGGAACCAAAGGUAACCAGGGUCCGUCUGGUCCCCAAGGUCCAAUUGGCUACCCAGGCCCACGUGGUGUGAAGGGCGUGGAUGGAAUUCGGGGACUGAAGGGUCACAAGGGUGAGAAGGGUGAGGAUGGAUUCCCUGGGUUCAAGGGCGACUUCGGGGUGAAAGGAGACAGGGGCGAGGUGGGUGUCCCAGGAUCCAGAGGAGAGGAUGGACCAGAAGGUCCCAAAGGCCGGACUGGACCCUCGGGCGACCCGGGUCCCCUCGGACUGGUGGGAGAGAAGGGGAAGCUGGGUGUACCAGGGCUUCCCGGAUACCCAGGACGGCAAGGCCCGAAGGGAUCUCAGGGCUUCCCUGGAUUCCCUGGCACCAAUGGUGAGAAGGGUGCUCGGGGUCUAUCCGGGAAGCCAGGGCCUCGGGGCGAGCGCGGCCCCUCGGGUCCCAGGGGCCAGCGGGGGCCACGAGGAGCCACUGGAAAGCUGGGGGUAAAGGGCACCUCUGGCGGUGACGGCCCCCAUGGCCCUCCAGGGGAAAGGGGACUCCCGGGCCCCCAGGGGCCAAACGGCUUCCCAGGACCCAAAGGACCACCAGGCCCCCCUGGCAAGGAUGGGCUUCCUGGGCAUCCCGGUCAGCGAGGAGAAGUCGGUUUCCAAGGCAAGACGGGCCCCCCUGGCCCCCCAGGGGUGGUGGGACCUCAGGGCGCCUCUGGGGAGUCUGGUCCAAUGGGGGAGAGAGGUCACCCAGGCCCUCCCGGACCCCCAGGAGAGCAGGGCUUGUCAGGACCCUCUGGGAAAGAAGGAACCAAGGGAGACCCUGGCCCCCCGGGAGCGCUUGGGAAAGACGGCCCGGCUGGACUGCGCGGUUUCCCCGGUGAGCGUGGGCUGCCUGGCACCCCGGGCGGCACAGGGCUGAAAGGGAAUGAGGGGCCGGCCGGACCCCCAGGACCCGCAGGCUCCCCCGGCGAGAGAGGUGGCCCUGGGCAGGGUGGCCCCAUCGGACCCCCAGGCAGACCGGGCCCCCAAGGGCCCCCAGGCCCCGCUGGAGAGAAAGGAGUUCCUGGUGAGAAAGGUCCCAUAGGCCCCGCUGGCCGUGACGGAGUCCAGGGUCCCAUUGGGCUGCCUGGCCCAGCGGGGCCCCCAGGGGGUGCUGGUGAGGAUGGCGACAAGGGCGAGGUGGGUGAGCCAGGCCAGAAGGGUGGCAAAGGCAACAAGGGAGAGCAUGGUCCCCCAGGCCCCCCAGGUCCCAUGGGCCCAGUCGGGCAGCCUGGAGCAGCUGGGGCUGAUGGGGAGCCGGGUGCUCGGGGCCCCCAGGGCCACUUUGGGGCGAAGGGCGACGAAGGAACCCGUGGAUUCAACGGGCCGCCUGGCCCCAUCGGGCUGCAGGGUCUGCCGGGCCCGGCAGGGGAAAAGGGUGAGACAGGUGAUGUGGGCCCCAUGGGCCCCCCAGGACCCCCGGGGCCACGUGGCCCAGCUGGACCCUCCGGAGCUCACGGACCCCAAGGUGGCCCUGGAGGCAUUGGCAACCUGGGCCCCCCUGGAGAGAAGGGUGAGCCUGGCGAUUCGGGGGCCCCCGGCAUCCCCGGGGAGCCAGGAGUCAAGGGCCCGCGAGGAGAGCGAGGGGAGAAAGGAGAAACGGGAGCUGCCGGCGCAGCUGGACCACCUGGAGGGAAAGGGCCCCCCGGAGAUGAUGGGCCCAAGGGGAACCCUGGUCCUGUUGGUUUCCCAGGGGAUCCGGGCCCCCCAGGUGAAAUGGGCCCCAGGGGCCAGGAUGGGGCAAAGGGCGAGCAAGGCGAGGAUGGGGAACCCGGUCAGCUGGGCUCGCCAGGCCCGACAGGAGAGAAUGGCCCCCCAGGCCCUCCAGGGAAGAGGGGCCCCGCAGGCUCCCCGGGUCCCGAGGGGCGUCAGGGUGAGAAGGGCACUAAGGGCGAGCCAGGUGCCAUGGGACCUCCUGGCAAGACCGGCCCCGUGGGGCCCCAGGGACCGGCCGGCAAGCAGGGGCCUGACGGGCUGAGAGGCAUCCCUGGCUCCGUGGGAGAACAAGGCAAGCCAGGUGCGACGGGCCAGGCGGGCCCCCCGGGACCUGUGGGCCCCCCGGGGCUGCCCGGCCUCAAAGGGGAUUCCGGAGCCAAAGGAGAGAAGGGCCACCCCGGUCUGAUCGGUCUGAUCGGGCCCCCAGGCGAGCAGGGAGAGAAAGGAGACCGGGGCCUGCCUGGCCCGCAGGGCUCCCUGGGGUCAAAAGGAGAGACCGGGAUCCCUGGUGCUACCGGCCCCAUCGGACCCGCCGGGCACCCGGGCCUUCCUGGCCCAGCCGGUCCCAAGGGUGCGAAGGGAGCCACGGGACAAGCCGGCCCCAAGGGUGAGCGAGGUGUCCCCGGCCCCCCUGGACACCCGGGCCCCCCCGGGGAGGUGAUCCAGCCGCUGCCCAUCCAGCUGCCCAAGAAGAGCAAGCGGUCGAUCGACGCCAGCCAGCUGGUGGGCGAGGAUGGGGAGGGGAUGGUGGCGGACGGGGUCCAUGGCCACGCGGGCGGCAUGGAUGAGAUCUUCGGCUCCCUCAAUGCCCUCAAGUGGGAGAUCGAGCACAUGAAGCACCCGAUGGGCACCCAGGACAACCCAGCCCGCACCUGCCAGGACCUGCAGCUCUGCCACCCUGACCUGCCCGACGGUGAGUACUGGAUUGACCCCAACGAGGGCUGCUCCCGGGACUCCUUCAAGGUGCACUGCGACUUCUUGGCUGGCGGGGAAACCUGCCUCUUCCCCACCAAAGAGACGCAGGAGGUCCAGAUGUCUGCGUGGCAGGAGGAGAAGGCCCCGCGCUGGUUCAGCCAGUUCCAGGAGGGCAGGAAGUUCUCAUACGUGGACGCGGACGGGCACCCGGUGGGCGUGGUGCAGCUCACCUUCCUGCGGCUGCUCAGCGUGGCCGCCCGGCAGAACUUCACCUACCACUGCCAGCGUUCGGUGGGCUGGCGCAGCGCCGCCUCUGGGGGCCACCAGCACGCCGUCCGCCUCCAGGGCGCCAACGAGGAGGACAUGAGCUACGACACCAGCCCCUACAUCACGGCCCUCACAGACGGCUGCGCGCUGCGGAAGGGCCCGGACAGGACGGUGCUGGAGGUGAACACGCCCCGCGUGGAGCAGCUCCCACUGCUGGACGCACACUUCACGGACUUUGGGGAGCCCAACCAGAAGUUUGGGUUCGAGGUGGGACCCGUCUGUUUCCUGGGCUAGGACCAAACCCCUGUGAGCCCUGCCCUGGUCCCUGAGGGAAUAUCCUAGCCUGGCCCAGGCCCCACCAUCCCCCGAGCAGUGAAGCUACGGGACCGUCUGGCCACCUGAGGGACGGAGACGCCACGACCACCCACAGCCACCGAGACCAACGCACCCGCUGCCAUCUCCUGCUGGGACCAGGGACGGAGAGAGACACCGAAGAGACGUCACUGCUUAGAGCCCACCUGUAUUUUAAUGUGUAGAGAGAGAGGGCACGAUUACACCCACACGCUAGCGGGAUCCCUCGGAGCCCCACAUCCCCCCUCCCACAAUCUUCUAGCCAGAGCUCCCAGAAUGCCCCAGCAACAUCCCUCAGAGCCCGUGGGCCAUAUUUCCCAGGAUGCCUCAGGGUACACCCUCCAUAUCUCCCAGAGCCCCUCAACUCUAACCUCAGACUGGGGCCACCCCAAAAUGGUGGAACCAGUACCCUAAUUUCCCCUCUGACCGGGGAGCUAAGCCAUUAAUGUCUAAUGAACAUUGUGAGCAAACCAGAGUUAAUUAAUGUUAGCAGCGCGGCCGGCUCCCCUGUGCUGGGCAGCAUCGUGGACAGAGGACCUGGGUUAACACCAAUGGG